AGAUGAUUAUUUUGCACAACUAAGCAAUCAAAAAAGCAUUUGAAACAGCAUUAGCAGGUGAAACGUUACCCUCCAAAACCAAAACACAACAAAUCUGAUCCAAAUUAUAUACAAUAUAUACAUAUAUAUAUAUAUAAUGUAGAUAAGUUUCAAAUAUUUUUGCUUCUAUUAAAUGUAUGUCAAUUAACAUUAUUAUCAUUGUUAUUAUUUCAAUAUGGGAUUCUUGGAUAUUGGCAAUAAAUAGUAAAAUAGAUAAAAUCGAAAUCAUUGAAGUUUUUUUAUUUUUUGAAAUCAACGGUCCGGAUGGAGAGGCGUACCCCAUCACCUGCGGCGACCCACGUACAGAUUAAGGUCCAACCACGCCGCGAGGACAACGUGAGCCAUCCGGACCCGGUUGGCGCCUCCUCCCGGCCUUCGGCGGCUCCAUUUCGUUCCCCGUCCCCGCCCGACGAUUACAAGCCAUUCAAGAGAUGGACCUCGUGGCUGGUUCCGUCGUUUGUGAUGGUCAACAUUGUCUUGUUUGCUGUCACCAUGUUCGUUAACGACUGCCCCAAGAAUUCGACUUCUUGUUUGGGGCGGUUCUUGGGGCCGUUUUCCUUUCAGCCCAUGAAAGAAAACCCACUUCUGGGUCCUUCUGCUUCCGCAUUAGAGAAGAUGGGUGCCCUAGAAGUGGAUAAAGUGGUCCAUAAACACCAGGCAUGGCGCCUGAUUACUUGUGCUUGGUUACAUGCUGGAGUUUUCCAUAUACUUGCCAAUAUGUUAAGUCUUUUUUUCAUUGGUAUUCGACUUGAGCAAGAAUUUGGGUUUGCUAGGAUUGGAUUGCUUUAUAUCAUAUCUGGUUUUGGAGGUAGUUUGCUGUCAGCUCUUUUUAUUCAAAGUGGCAUAUCAGUCGGUGCCUCGGGUGCACUUUUUGGUUUACUAGGAGGUAUGCUUUCAGAGCUUAUUACAAAUUGGACUUUAUACGCAAAUAAGUUGGCCGCAUUGCUUACGCUCAUUUUCAUCAUUGUAGUAAAUUUAGCUGUGGGAAUACUCCCACAUGUUGACAACUUUGCUCAUAUUGGAGGAUUUUUUUCUGGAUUCCUUCUUGGAUUUAUAUUUUUGGUACGGCCCCAGUUCAGAUGGGUUAGCCAGAGAUUUACUUCCCAAGGCCACACUGCUCCACCAAUUAAUAAACACAGGGCAUAUCAGUAUGCGCUGUUGAUUUUUUCUCUGAUUCUGUUGAUUGUCGGAUUCAUUGUUGGGUUAAUUAUGCUCUUUCAAGGGGUUAAUCUAAAUGAGCGCUGUUCUUGGUGUCAUUAUCUUAGUUGUGUCCCUACUGCACGAUGGAGUUGCAACUCCCAAAAAGAAUUUUGCGAGAUGAUCCAAUUCGGAAAUCAGUUGAACAUGACAUGCCAAAGGAAUGGUAGAAACAACAUUUUUCAGCUAUCAGAUAAUAACCCUUCACAGGCUCAGGUUCAGCAGCUCUGCCGUCAGCUUUGCAGUUAGGCAUACCAUAAGGCAUGUUAUUGGACAUACCCCAGAUAAUGCAAGGAGGGCAGCUAUUACUAUACGAGCCUAAAACAAGAUCGUGCCUUACCAAUAUCUUACCCUAGGGUGCCUUACCUUAGAAUUUCUAUGUGGUACAAAAAUGAUAUACUUGGUAUAUAAUUAAAAUGGCCAUAAUUAUCAAUUUAUGAAGAAAAAACAAUAUACUUUGAUCAUUUAACUAUAAAAUCAACUUUUACAUGUAAGUUGUAGUGGCUAAAAUUGGGCUGGGUUUCAAUGAUCAAGCCCAUGACAAACAUAUUCUAAAGGAUCAACUGAGCAACUGGCCCAUUAGUAACACAAGUCCAAAUACGCUAUCCCCGAGCCAAGCCCAAUAUGAUCAUCAACGGGCCGGAUAUGAUAGACCUGCUCCAAGAUUGGCCCACUACAUCAUUACACUAACCGUCCAUAUAUGGCUUGAAGGACUGUUAGGUCCCGACUAGUGACCCUCGACCAGUGGGCACACAUCCUACGCACGGACUCGUACGGACGAAUGGGCCGAGUAAAUGUCACGACCAGUGACGCGGCCCACGAAGGGUCCAUGUGGCUUGGGCGGUUUGGGGAUUACUUAGCAUGAAUGUACUCCUCCUUCUUAAGUAACUUAGCAUAGUGGGUUUACUCCCUAAAUGGGCCGGCCAUUUAGUUUAUGGGAUUGUCCAUAUGCUUUAGGUAGAUAUUUUAAGGGAAAUGGAUGGUGGGGAGCUUGCCACUUGUCGACCUAGGGUGUUCUCUAGUUUCCUAUAUAAAGGGCAAGACCCUCAUUUGUUUAAGGGCUGCCAUUACAUUUCUCUAUACUUGUACACCAUAUUUUUAUCGAUACAAAGCACGG